GAGUUGGCGGCUCCGCUCCGCGCACAGCGCAGCGGCUCGGCCUCGCGGGAGUGGGUCCUUGCGACGCCUGCACAGCCCGGCGACCCCGGCCAGCCCCGGCCACCAUGCCGCGCUCCUUCCUCGUCAGGAAGUCCGCCUGCCCCCGCCGGAGGCCCAACUACAGCGAGCUGCACGACUCCUCUCCAGAGUUCACCUUCCAGCAGCCCUACGACCAGGCCCACCUGCUGGCGGCCAUCCCGCCUCCCGAGGUCCUCAACCCCACGGCCUCGCUGCCCACGCUCAUCUGGGACUCUCUCCUGGCACCACAAGCCCAGCCAAUUGGCUGGCCCUCCCUUCUGCCCCCGGAGGUCCCCAAGGCGGUGGAGCUGACCUCCCUGUCGGACGAGGACAGCGGGAAGGGCUCCCAGCCUCCCAGCCCGCCCUCGCCGGCUCCUUCCUCCUUCUCUUCCACCUCAGCCUCUUCCUUGGAGGCCGAAGGCUAUGCCGCCUUCCCAGGCUUGGGCCCGCUGCCCAAGCAGCUGUCUGGGCUCGCAGGGGCCAAGGACCCCCAGUCCCGCAAGGCCUUCAACUGCAAAUACUGCAACAAGGAAUACGUCAGCCUGGGCGCCCUCAAGAUGCACAUCCGAAGCCACACCCUGCCCUGCGUCUGCGGCACCUGCGGGAAGGCCUUCUCCAGGCCCUGGCUGCUCCAGGGCCACGUCCGGACCCACACCGGGGAGAAGCCCUUCUCCUGCUCCCACUGCAGCCGCGCCUUUGCCGACCGCUCCAACCUGCGGGCCCACCUCCAGACCCACUCCGACGUCAAGAAGUACCAGUGCAAGACGUGCUCCCGCACCUUCUCCCGCAUGUCCCUGCUCCACAAACACCAGGAGUCAGGCUGCUCCGGGGGCCCCCGCUGACCCCCGCGGCCGCCUCUGCCUCUCCAGGGCCUCCCCCACCUCUGGAAGGAAGGACCCUGCAUCCUCCUCCCCGCCGCGGAAUUCCCCUCUGCGCUCCCAUCCGGCUGCGUUAGCAUCAGGGGCGCCGAGGACCGUUUUCCAGUGUGUCUGCUCGGGGCCUCGGUUGGCUCUGUGGACGCUGAGGGGAGGGUGGCCCCUUCUGGCAGCCACCGCUCCCCAGCGACGUUCUGGAGCUGGCCUUGAUGUGUGUGUGUGGGCUUGUGUAUCCUAAACUGUCUGGAUACAGCUGCUUUGAGCUACAGGACAAAAGCCAACAGACUGAUAGAGGCUCCCACCCCACUCAGGGGACCCCACUCCUCCCCACCCCAGAACCCUCAGGCCACCUCACCAGGAGGUGUGAGUAACUAGCCUUCCACCCCCGGGGCGGGCUCUGACACAAGGCCAUGUCUAGACCCCAGGAUGCCCCAGGCCCGGGCAGCUAUUUCAGCCUCCUGUUUGUCAUGGUGGCACCUGUUUCACGGGCAAUUUAACAGCGUCUCAAAAGGGAAUGUGAGUAAUUGCCUUCACUUGUCGGGGGCCCAAAUAGGGUGCUUCGGCCCAACCAAUGUGUCUCCCGGAACUAUUUUCAGGGACCCAACAGGUGGGCCCAGGAGGAAGAUGUUUACAUUUUUUUAAAGGUACACUGGUAUUUAUAUUGCAAGCAACAUUUUGUACUAAGAAAACAUUUUGUAUAGUUAUUAUGUACAGUUUAUUGAUAUUCAAUAAAGCGGUUAAUUUAUACGUAA